CCUCGUGGUCUGAAGGAGAUCUCAUCCCUCGCUUCCUGGACCGUCAGCACAAGCAAGCCUGGUUGCGGCGUAGCUGCACUACGCCAUCCAUCCACCUCGAUGUUCUGGCAGAGCGAUGGACCUCAGCCUCACCUCCUCACCGUACACUUUUUCAAACAAGUUGCCGUUGCCCACAUCCGCAUCUACCUCGACUUUGAGAACGACGAAAGUUAUACACCCACUCGUAUGCAGUUCUGGGCUGGCACUGGCCUUCACGACCUCAUUGAGUUUGCCGAUAUGCAGUUUGAGCAGCCCCGCGGUUGGAUCCCUGUCGACUUCUCCCAGGUGGGCCCUGUAGAAGAAGAGGACAAUGAGGAUCCUGACACGAUCGACUGGAGCAAAAGACCUCUACUUCGUUGCUUUAUCCUGCAGGUCCGCAUCCUUGAGAACCACCAGAACGGCAAGGACACGCACCUGCGUGGUCUGCAAAUCUUU